AUGGUUUCUGAUCCCUCGUCCGAUUUCCACAUCUUGAUCGUUGGCGCUGGUCUGGGUGGACUAGGUUGCGCGAUCGCCUGUCGCAGACAAGGCCUUCGCGUGACGGUGGUCGACCAGUUCUCCGAGCCUCUACGGCUAGGUGAUUCGAUCGGCUUCGGCCCUAAUACGUCUCGCAUUUUCCGUCGCUGGGGUAUCUAUGACGAGAUGUGGCCCAUCUCGAGCAAAGCCACGUCCAUGGAGAUGCGUAGCUACGACACAGGCGACCUUCUGGGCAAGGACGAUAGUCUGGGUCGUGGGGCGACACACUACGGCUGCCCUAGUCUAGUCGGCCACCGGGGCGACUACCACAUGAUCCUACUUAACCACGCGAAGAAGGUGGGGGCGGACGUGCGGCUGGACACUAAAGUCGUUGACUACGACACGAGCAAACCUAGUGCCCUCCUAGAGAACGGAGAGGAGAUCGUGGCCGACGCCAUCAUCUGCGCCGACGGGGUCAAGUCUAAGGGCCGUGAGAGGGUCCUGGGCUAUUACGAUAAGCCUCUACACAGUGGCUACGCCAUUUACCGUACCUUCUUCCCCGGGGCUCUCUUCAGGGACGAUCCGCUGACGGCCAAGUAUCUCGAACAAGGCGACUGUGUCCACGUCUAUCUCGCGCCAGAUAUGCAUGGCAUCGUCAACGUCCUACGCGGCGGCGACGAGGUCAAUCUAAUGAUCACGCACAAGGACGUGGCCGACAUUGACGAAGGCUGGAUGCAGCCGGGCAACCCCGAGGACGUGCUCAAGUUGAUCGAAGGGUGGAACGAGUCAUACCGGGCCGCCUGGAAGAAAGCCCCCAUGUGCCUGGAUUGGAAACUGGUGUUCCGGCCAUGCCUGGAGAAGUGGGUGACGGACAGUGGCCUCAUUGCCAUCAUGGGUGAUGCGGCGCACCCCUUCCUGCCCACGUCGACCCAGGGCGCUAGCCAGGCUAUCGAGGACGGCAUCACCAUCGCCUACUGCCUGAAACAGGCCGGCAAAGGCAAUGUACCCCUAGCUCUUCGCACGUAUGCCGGCAUCCGGAGGGACUACGCGGCCAAAGCGCAGGCUACUGGCAUCGAGACAAGAGACCGAUACCACAAUGUCCACGACCGAAGCACCGGCAAAGUGAGGCAAGAUUUCCAAGUCAGCAGUGUGUCCAUAUCGAGUGAAUACUUGUGGGAAAAUGAUGCCGAGGAGACGGCCCGCCGGGAGUGGCCCAUUGUGUCGGAACAGAUCAAGUCGAAAGGCUAG